CAAGGCAUUCUGGGAAAAGAGUUAUAUCCGCCAUCUUGGUUUGAUUUAGCUAGCACAACAAUUAGAUCUUAAGGAUUUGGGUAAAUUAAACAUAUUCUGAGGGGAUUUUCAAAUCUCUAUGGUUAUCAAGCAUUGUCUGUGGUGCAAGGUACAUUAAUACUUGUUCAUAGACGUUUUGUUUGGAACUGUUUCGGAGUUAGCGGUGUGUUAAGCCUCUCCACCGGCGGCCAUGGGGCGAUCCAGAAGCCGCAGUUCGUCCCGUUCCAAACACUCAAAAAGCAGCAAACACAGCAAAAGACGCACCCGCUCCAGGUCGAGGUCCCGAGACGCCGAACGCCCCAAGAAACGUUCCAAAUCCCGGGAGUCUAAAAGGAGCCGGCGACGUGAAUCCCGCUCCAGGUCUCGGUCAACAACAGCGUCGACCCGCAGAGAGAGACCAGCUUCGCCUCCUGAGAGGAUAGACAUCUUCGGGCGAACGCUAAGCAAGCGAAGCGCAAUCGACGAGAAACAACGCAAAGAGGAAGAAGAGAAAAAGGCCGAGAUGGAGAAACAGAGGAAGAUCCGUCAGCAGGAGAUCGAGGAGCGCGUGAUCGAGGAGCGGACAGCGCGGCGCGUGGAGGAGCUCGUGGCGCGGCGCGUGGAGGAGGAGCUGGAGAAGCGGCGGGAGGAGAUUGAACAGGAAGUGAUGCGUCGCGUGGAGGAGGCCAAGGCUCUGAUGGAGCAGCAGCUGCUGCAGGAGCUCCAGAGACAGAGACAGGCGGAGAUGUCUGCUCAGCGCCAGAGAGAGGAGGAGGAGAAGUCCAAGCGAGCAGAACUGGAGAAAAUUCUAGAAGAGAACAAUCGCAAGAUGGCCGAAGCUCAAGCCAAACUGGCGGAGGAGCAGCUGCGUAUCGUGGAGGAGCAGAGUAAGAUCCACGCCGAGCGUGUGAAGCUGGAGCAGGAGCGUCAGCGGCAGCAGAAGGAGGAGCAGAAGAUGAUCCUGGGCAAGGGCAAGAGCCGCCCCAAACUCUCCUUCUCUCUCAAGGCCACCGAGUGACCCCCCGCCCGCUCCCCCCCCAGCCACACGCUCCCCUCUCCUCCACUCGCUCUGUCUUCAUCCCUCGCUCUCUCUCCCUCUCACUGCUCCAUCUCUUCCCUGUUAGCUUUCACUCCUAGCUUCCAUUUCUCUCUCUCUCUCUCUCUCUCUCUCUCUCUCUCUCUCUCUCUCUCUCUCUCUCGCCCUCUCCCUCUGAAGUGGCACAUGUACUUCAUGUUGAAGCGUUCUCCUAGACGGAGAGAGGAGGAGGAGAAGAAGGA